CCUAGAAUUGACAAAAGUUCCGACGGAUCGCAAUCAGGCCAUCUAACAGGCUUAAUAAGAGACUCCUCAAAGGACCUAGCCGACCAAGAUUCCGAGCGUGGAGGUCUAUCCUCCCGUAAAUUUCCCGAGGAAGACACCGAGCAAGAAAAAGAGCCUCCAGUGAUCUUGAAGUACAUAAAGACCCAAGUGAAAGAAGCGUUCCACGCCCCGAUAGCAACCCUGGUGAAAGGCGCAGUGGUGAUGUCCGAAGAGCUGUUCGUCGACGUUUUACCAAUCGCGUGGGAGCUGCUUCUCGAGGCGAACCAAGAAUUCGCGGCUUCAGCAGCUUCUCUGUUCAUAAUCGCAGCAGUCCGAGCUUCGAACCAGGCCAGCGAGCUGAUGCAUCACGGGCUCCAGCACUCCAGCAUCGCCUUUCGUAUAAACGCGAUCCUGAAAUUUCAAGUGCUCUGGAAGUUGAGGUACCAGGUCUGGCCCAGGAUGGAAGAGGCUGCUCACGUCACCUUUAAAGUUCCUCCCCCGGGGAUUGAGUUCACGCUGCCCUCUCCUAAAAUUGGGAUCGAAUCUCUUCCAGUGGUCGACCCGCCAUGGAUGCCGCAGGUUAAGACUAAAGUUGAGGAAGUAACUACUAAUCAAGAGCGUCAUCGAUCAUUAGUGACAGCUACUAAGACUAGAAAAAAACAACAAACAGAGUUGAUAAAGAAGGCAUUACAGGCACAGGAUGAUAAGAAGCGCGAGGAGCGAGAGAAUUUUUUGAUAACAACAAUACCGAUCACAGUCCAGGCUGCGUACGAGCCGAGUCCCGUGGGGGACGACCACGACGAAGGCAAUGCCGAUGACGAGGGCGGUGAGACCCAGCCGAGGAACACGACUCAUCGCGGACGGUCCGCGCUCUCGCUCUUUUCCUCCUCACUCUGCUCCGCGAUCGUCCAGAUCAUCAACCUCCUCGAUGACGCCGCCGUCUCCGACGACGGCAACGCCGUCUACGAGGUUGCCUACCAGGUCAUCUGGAGCUGCCUGGUUGAAGACAGCGCCCUCUUUCUUCGGUACGUCCUCGAGCGGCUCACUCGUGAGAAACAGGAGCUCAUGUUCAAGAUUUUAAGGCAUCUCAUCAGAUUUGUACUCAAGCUUCCUCAGCAAGGCGCUUUUGCAUUAUAUAAUUAUAUCAUAGGUUAUGUUAUGUUCUACGUGAGGUCGCCACAUGAAGAAGGACAGAAACAUAUUGGAACUGCUUUGUCCAUUCUUUGGAUGAUUCAGAAGAGGAACUGGUCAAUCCGAAUUUCCGCAUCCGAGAGCCCGUUAUUACUAAUCCGUCAUCGUUAGAAUCAUCAUCUUCAGAUGAUGACGAAGAACAACAAUCGGCAAUCGACAGACUUAAAGAAACAAGAAAA